AUGAAGAAAUCGUAGAGUUUGGAGAAUAUAGGAUUAUAGAAUACAUAGUAAAAAAAUCCUAAAUCCAGGAACACACUGUAGAAAUAAUAAACUUAUUCAGGCUAAGAAGAAUAAGCCAAAUUAACUUUUGGAAAUUAGGCUUCAAACCCCAAGGAAGAUAAGGCUAAAAUUGCUACAAUCAAACUUAACAACUACAUCAAAUAAGUAAAAAAUAUACUUGAGGAUACAUAAAGUCAGUAAACACUUACCAAGCAAAGUUCAAUACAGAGUUCAAUAGUUCAAUCAAAUGCAGUAAUGCAAAUUGAUAACUCAAGAAAUUAGGGUAAAUUGGGUAAAUUCAAUAGUAUUUUCACCUAAUCUCAAAACAUCAACUCUCAUCUAAAGUAAUUCCAUAUGGUUAUGUAAGAUUAGCUCACAUCUUAUUAAAUUGACUAGCAGUCAGCUAAGAGUUUGUCUAAGGUGAAUUCAUUUGCAAACUAGAAUGAAAUUCAAAGCAUUUUGAUGAAUCCAAUGAUGUAAGAGUCGAAUACUUAUAUGAAUCGAAUUGGAGACAUAUCAAGAUCUAAUUCUAGAAAUAAAAUUUAAACUAACUAAAAGUAAAAUUGUAACAUAAUGCCGAUAGGAAAUGGCUAUUAAGCUGGUAUCAACACUCUAUUUUCUCCACUUCAAAAUAUUUAAAAUACAGACCAUCAACUUCUUUGGAAAUUAGAGACAAGUGCGACAAAGCCCCAAUUAUUCAAGAAUUAUGAUGUAGUUUCUCUUGUUAGCUACAAUAGUAGCAGGGAUCACAGCAUGAGUAAGGUAGGUCUAUCCUAGUUUAGCAAUAAUGACCAUUCCAAAUUCGUUUAGAACUCAAAUAAUUAAAGAUACUCAAAGAAUCAUAUUUUCUUUGAUAAUCAUCACUAAUAAAGCAACACCUAGAGAUAGAGAGCAAACCUAGUAAAAGGCCACUAAAUUUUAAAGUCUCAUCUAAAUGACACCAGCAAUGCUUAAAACAUAUCAUAUUUUUGCAAAGAUACCUAUGAUGAUGAACUCUCUCAUAAAAGUUUGGAUGCUACCACUAACAGUACAAAUACAAUUGUCAAGUCCAAUUUUAUAAGUUACCAAAAUAUUGCUGGCAUGAAUUCUACUUCCAAUUUCAAAUUGAUUAAAAAUUAGUAGUAAUCAAGGAAAGAAGUGGAUGAAUCAGUAUGCUCGCUAGUACUUGAGACCGAUGAAAAUCUAAAUGAAGUUAAUUUUAGGUAACCUUAUACUUCAGAUGUAGAUUAAAUGCGAAGCAUUCUUGAAAAGGCACCAGCUGUAAAAAGAUAAAGCUAAAAAUACAAUAUAGAAAAUAAAAUUAGCAAUAAUAAUGGGACACAAACUCAGAGAGUAAUUGAUAAUCUGUAAAUUGAGGAUUGCUGUUUAAUACAAAGCAUCAACAAAGACACUUUAUCUUCAAAAAUCAAAUGCCUUCUAAGCAAUUAAAAUUCAUCUAAAAAUAAUGCUAGCAGGAAUUAAUAAAUAGGCAAUAGUAAGUAAACAUUACAUGCUAGAACGCAUGAAGACAGUAUCAAGCCGACUUCUUCAGAAAAAUAACUCCAAAGUGAAACUAAAGUAAUUUCAAGCUAUCAUCAUAUCAAAGUCAAGCUGGAAUAGAUAAAGUAAAAAUAAAAUAAAAUUGGCAAGCAAUAAAGAUAGAUCUCUGUGAUAAGUUAUGAUUUAAACAAGCAACAGUAAUAGUAUGACUAUCCAAGGCAGAUUCCUCUAAGUUCAUAAAAUCAAAUAAUAGACAAUAUUUCAAGUUCAAGCGAUGAAAGCACACCUUAUUAGCAAAAGAAUUUCCUUAAUGCAAUAUAAACUUAGUCUGGCAGCUAGAACAACACUUUGAUAUCUAUUCUUAGAAAUGGCAGUUCAAAUUAAUCAAUAGAGAGGACUUUUAAUCAUUCCGACAUGAAUAAACAAAAUAUAUCGUCACUUAACAACUUAACAAAUCCAAAUGAUCAUAGUUAUUCAAAGUUAGCCCUAGCCUUAACUUCUAAUACAACUAGAGAGGAAAGGCCUAUGGCAUAUUAGGAUUACUUGGCUCAUCAUUAGAAGGAUAGUGAUUCGAAUUUGCAACCUAGUGAAAACUCUUAGUUUCAAUUUACACCAAAGUUCUAUAGAAUGCCUCUGAAAUAAAAGAACGAUCUGAUAUUUAAAAGAUGUACGAAUGUGAUUUAGAAUAAUAAAGAGAGGAAAGAUAAAGAUGACCUUCUUACUCCGGAAAUUCCGAUUUGCAACAGAACAACUAGAAUGAACAAUCAAUUACUCUUUAGAUCUAAAAGUAUUUAUGAAUGA